AAAAAGAAGACUCUGAUUGCCUUGUGUAAGGCCCUAAUGUUGUACGGCGCACCAUGCCAUCGUAUUGAGGAAUCGUUAGAGCAUGUAUCUCGAUUUAUAUCAGUAAACGCAACUUUUAUCUUUAUACCUGGCAUCAUGAUGAUGACAUUUUUAAACACGACACUAAAUGAAAAAAAGGACAACAUACAACACUAUGAUGGUCAUUCCGAAACUAUCUUGAUACGAUGCCCACAAGGGUUUGACAUGGGAAAAUUAGCGCAAGUCAAUGAUAUUAUUGGAGGCAUGUGUUGCACAAUUGAAGGAAAAACCAAAAUAUCCGUACCUGAAAGCCUUACUUUAUUGGAUCAACUAUUUUCUUCUAAACCUACUUGGAAUCCCUGGGUGACAUUGCUAUCCCAUACCAUGAGUAGCUUACUCACAACACCCGUCAUGUUUAACGGGUCCUUGGCAGACACAGCAUUGAGCGGUGGACUAGGUCUCUUAAUAGGCUUGCUGAUCUUGUUAUCCGAACGAUAUUCAGCUUAUUGCAAUGUAUUUGAAAUAUCUACUACGAUUCUUGUUUCGUUCAUUACAAAGGCGCUGGACAAAUGGGUUUGUUUCACUGGUGUUGUCUUGUCAGCAACAUGUAUUCUAAUACCUGGCUAUACUUUAACCAUGUCGAUUAUGGAGUUAUCUGCUCGUCAUGUUAUCACGGGCACGAUUCGAUUUGUUUACUCUAUGAUUUAUGCAUUAUUCAUUGGGUAUGGAUUAGAAAUCGGUACCAGUUUAUAUGAAGCGGUUGAUAGCAAUUCGACGACGUCUAAUUUUGGCGUAUGUGCAGGGUCCGUGCCACCAUGGUUAUACACGGCCCUAUUCCCGUUUAUGGCGAUCAGUAUCGCGAUUAAUUUGGGAGCGACGAUGCAUCAAUGGCCAUCGAUGGUGUGUUGUUCCGCUAUUGGAUUUGGCGUGUCGGUGAUUGCGAGUAAAGUGAUUUCGAAUUUUCAAAUUGUGGGUACAAUUAGUGCAUUCGCGGUAGGAAUUUUUGGUAAUUUGUAUUAUAAGGUGACGGGAGAUCUAGCAUUAGUGCCAUUGUCGUGUGGGAUUGUGUCGUUGGUGCCUGGUAGUGUGGGGAUACAAGGGGCAUAUUUCUUGAUCCGCCAAGACGAUCAAGGGUUUUCGUUUGCAACGCAGAUGGUGGUAGCGUCAUUGGGUAUAUCUGUGGGAUUAUUUGCGGCUACACUCGCUGUAUCAUCCAAUGAAAGAAAAUCUGCCUAUUUAUCUUAUUAAAAAAA